UAGGCGGAGCUUGUGCGCAGAGCGAUGCUCAGUCGUUCCCGCCAUUGUUGUGGAGGGUACGUUGGGAGGGAUGGUGUCGUCUUUGAGACAAAACCUUUUACAUUCUAGGAGUGAUAUGACACACUUAACACUUCUAUAAGUAAAAAUCUGAGAGAGAGCAAGUGAGAGAGACUUGGUGCUACUAAACUAAAACAAGAGGUGGGAAGGAGUUCUUCCGUGCUGGACAUCUACUUGCCCAAACAGUCAUGGCUCCACGCAAGGCUGGCACAGGCAACAAAAGUGGGUCUAAAGGGGCACCCAAGAAACGUGUGGCCGCCAAUGGUUUCAAACUCCCUGAUCCAAUCACCCCGGGGGUGGUUGUUACAGACGUUGCAAAACAACAGUGGAAAAUUGGGUGCAGUAUUGGUGUUGGAGGAUUUGGUGAAAUCUACUUGGCUUCAAAGGACACUGUCAAUCCUGUGGGUAAUGAGGCUGACUAUGUUAUCAAAGUUGAGCCACACACUAAUGGUCCAUUGUUUGCUGAAAUGCAUUGUUACAUGAGGGUUGCGAGACCAGAACACAUAGAGGCCUGGAAGAAAGAGAAGAAGCUUAAAGCUCUAGGAAUGCCUAAGUAUUUAGGCUCGGGGUCUUUUGAAUUCAAAGGUCAGCGUUAUCGUUUCAUGGUGAUGGAACGCUUUGGCAGUGACUUACAGAAGAUCCUGGAGCAACAUAGCAAGAGAUUUUCAUUCAAAACUGUCUAUCAAGUUGGAAUUCAAAUUUUGGAUGUACUUGAAUACAUACAUAGUAAAGAGUACAUUCAUGCAGAUAUAAAGGCUUCCAACUUGUUGGUUGGCUAUCAGCCGGGUACUCAAAAUCAAGUUUACCUUGUGGACUUUGGUUUAGCAUGUCGUUAUGCUAAUGACGGCAAGCACAAAGAAUACAAGUAUGACCAGCGCAAAGCUCAUGAUGGUACUAUAGAAUUUACAUCUCGUGAUGCCCAUAUUGGUGCUCACUCUCGUCGAGGGGAUCUGGAAAUCUUGGGUUAUAACAUGACUCAGUGGCUUUGUUCUCGCUUACCUUGGGAGGAUAACCUUCAGGAAUGUAACUAUGUUGCUGCACAGAAAAGAGGUUUUAUGGAAGACAUUCCUUCAUAUAUGGACAAAUGUUUCCCAGAUACCAAGCCACAAGGUCUUCAAGAAUAUUUAGAAUAUGUAGUUAAUUUGGCUUUUGAUGAAAAGCCAGAUUAUGAGAAAUGCCGCUGCAUAUUGCGCAAUGGGUUGAAAGCACGGGGUUACAGAGACGACGGUAAAUUAGUGUUUAUGUCAGCAACUCCUGUGCCAACAUCUAGAAAACCCAAGUCUCGCCUGGACCGUAAGAAAUCCACUAAAAGGCGCUCCGAAGAGGAGGAAAACAUUGCAGAGUAUACCCCUAAGAAGAUGAUGAGAACAUCACAUAUGUCCCCUUGUAGACCUAGAAAUAACAGAGUGCACACUAGAACAUGUCCACGAGAUUCACUCAUUGGCGUAAGUUUGAGCAAGCCUAGUCAACCUGAUUUUACAUAUGUAGACACAGAGGAACUAAUGAUUGAAAAAGAAGUUAUGAAAAUGGAAGCACGGAAACAAAACCAACGACCGAAAAGACUUGUGAUUAAAGAUACCUCGCUGGACAAUCCUACUCCCCAAAUGAUAGAAAUUAUGAACAAAAUAAGAGAAAAAAGUGCAUCCCCACCUGUUUGCCAAAAACGACACAGACAUCACAGUACUUGUUACAGCAGUAGAAGUAGUCCUACGUAUGAAGAUAUACCAUCAGAGUUCACACCAGCCAUGGAAGCUGUCAUGAGAAGAAGAGCAGAAAGAUUGUCAUCAUCAGAUGGUGAAACUGAUAUUCUUUCAAAUAGUUCCUCAAGUGUUGGAUCACCUCAGAUGUUUGAUUCUUCAGAAAACGAAGAUUCUAAUGAUGCAACUGUUUAUUACUCCCCUCCUGCAUCAUCGCCGUAUGUACCUCCUCUAACGCAGCCACAACCCCAAGUGAAAGGCUCUAGAUCCAGUCGUUGGGUUCGCUUGGCAUGGAGCUGCGUGUCCUCUGUGCUGACAACAUAUACUAUUAUGACGAGGUCGAAGUUUGGAGGUCCUGUUCUCACCAGGUCUAAGUCUAUGCUUAAAGGUUAAAAAAAAAAACUUUACACUACCAGUGUUAAUGGAAGACACAAAUGAAGUUCUAGUUAUGUUUACCAACCGGAUUUAAGUUCUUUAGAGGUUUUCUCUAAAACUAGGGCAUUGUUUGUAAGAGAAAGUUUAUACUACAAACAAAGAUAUGGUACUUGCCACAUAUUUUACCAUACACAUUUCAUGGAACAUGCUCAGAGAUAAAAGGUAGCACCAAGUCUCUCUCCUUUAACUUUCUCGCAGAGUGCCUUUAUUUUGUACAGUUCAUCGAUGAUUGUUGUAGAAUAUAAUCCAUGGGUAUAUAUUAGUACAAUUUUAAGAUAAUUUCCAUAAUUACAAUAUAUCUGUCUUUUGCAGAAUUACUAUCUUUUCCAUUUAGUUUUAAUUUAAGAUUUUUUAUCUUCUCAGUUUUAAUUUUUAUCUGAUUGUUGUUUGUUGGUAGAAUGAUUCCGUAGAUAACAUUUAAUAUGUUGUUUUGCAUUUAAAACCAUGCAUUAAGAAUGCUUAAUUCUGUUAAUUAUGUACUAAGAAUUUUGAUGAAUAAUAAUCAAAUUUUCCUUAUAAGAGAAUGUUAUGGUAAAAAAAAAAAAAAAAAAAAAAAAAUUUUUUUAGUAGGUACCAAUGUUGAAAAAGGAUAUUUUUAGUAGCUACCAAUGUUAUGUAAAUGAGAUUUGGGAUUAACAAGGUAUAUUCUUUCGACUUUGUGACUGGCAGCUAUUUGAAUGUUAUCAGUAACUGUCGGGUUUAGUCUAUGACCAUGUUUCUAUGUGUUCACUUACUUUGCACAUACGCUACUAUUGGUUUGAAUUUAUUAUAUAGAUUUGCCAUUGAAACUUGCUUACUUUAAAAUAAGACCCAAUUGUCUUGUGAAUUUAGGGUACAGCUCGUGGUCUUUUGUAUCUCAUUACACGUUCAUAUUGUUCUUUAUUAAUGUAAGGUGUUUCAUCAUUCAUAAACGGAUGAAGCUUUUAAUGUAUACCUCAUAACUCAACACAGUACAAAUUUUUGUGUGAAUUGGUGUGUAGUUAUCAUGUUACCAAUGCAUUACAUGGUUGUAUAGAAGGAAGGUGGUGAAGACCUUUAUUUAAGGAAUUUUGGAAAAAAUAUAAUUUUUACCUCAUUGCCUCAAAAACCAUUGUUGUGCUAUCGAGGCAUUUCUUACUUUGAAAAAGGAAAAAUAUAAGAAAAAAUUAUACUUCAGUCAACAUUAUUUCCUUGAUGUUUUGCAUCGAUAUUAAAAUUUGAAUGUAAUGCAAAACAGGGUCUUGUACUUGAAACCCAGUCACACAACUGUUUUAGCCACAUCACACAAAUGACUUUUUAUGAGAUUGCAGACUACUGUAUUUGUCUCAAAAACCAUUUUUGUGCCAAUCAAGGCAUUUCCUACUUUUAAAAAUGAAGGAUAUAAUUAUAUAUAUACAGUGGACCCCCCUUUUCGCGUUCUCCAGAUUCGCGGACUCACACAUUCGCGGAUUUCUCUCGGGAACGUUUCCCUGCAUUAUUCGCGGAAAAUUUGCGCAUUCGCUGUAUUUUUCUAUGAUAAAUAUCCACAAAUUCCUGGUUUUUUUUAUGAAUUUCAUCAUAAAAUGCACUUUUUGUGAUAAAACUUAAAAAACCCAUGUAGGAAAAUUUUGAGUGGGUUUUUCUUGAGUUUUAACUAAUAAAAUAGGCUGUUUUUAGCAUUUUUAUAGGGUUCCAAACAUUCGCGGAUUUAACUAUUCACGGGGGGUCUGGUACGCAUCCCCCGCGAAUACGGGGGGACCACUGUAUAUAUAUAGUAUUUAUAUAUACUUCAGUCAAUAUUGUUUUUGUGGUGUUUUGCAUCAAUAUUAAAAUUUGAAUGUAAUGCAAAACAGGUCUUGUACUUGAAAGCCAGUCACAUAACUGUUUUAGCCACAUCACACAAAUAACUUAUGAGAUUGCAGACUACUGUAUUAAUAUUAAACCAAGAAUAGUUGUAAGAAGCCUUGAGAUGAAGUAUUUUUCAUAGAUAUAGGUACUUAAUGCAGUAGAUUUUUCCACUUAACACUUUCAUUUGAUUUUAAACAUUAAGGAAAUAGUGGACGUGAUGGAAUGAA